AUGGGGCCCACCAACAUCACCAAGAGGGACCAGCUUGACCAAUGGUUGCGAAUCAUUGAAGCUGCCCCUGGCUUCCGCAUCCUGGAGGACUCGGCCUGUUUUUGUCAAUGUGAUGUAUGGAUCCCAAGUUUCCAGAUAGGAAGUUCCCCCUGCAGCGGCUGCACGAAGCACCUGACCGAGGCCAUUAGCAGAGUGAUCGAGGUUGUGUGUGACAACUAUUUGGGCAAAAAAAACAAAAAAAAAAAGUGCAACACAAAUGACACCAUUGAGGAUCCCAAGAAGCUGAUUGUGGCCGAGAUCGGCACUUUUUGGAACAAGAUCACAUUAAAGAAGGGGUGCAUGAUUUUCAAUGACCACGUGUCUCCGGGGCACUAUGAAAUCCAUGAUGAGAUGAACUUGGAGUUUUACUACCAAUAG